AAACAUCGUAGCGUGAUUUGGUUGGAAGGGUUUCUGUUCUUACACCCGAGUCCACGAUAUUAAUGCUAGUACAGCGGUAAGGUAUAAUUUACUUGAUUACGAACCAAUCAAUUACGCUUUUAUUUUGGCACAUUACGCGAACUAACCAAUCAGAUGUCCCCUUAUUUUGGACAUUACGAAAGGGGAAUCGAGGAAAACAACGAAAGUGAAAUGAUGUUGGGGCCGUGAAAAUCUUACCAAGAAAAUUGAGAACCUGUCAAACCACGCCAUGGCGGCGCAUCGAAGGUUCAAUAUCCCUCUGCAUUCCAACGAUGCAUUGAAAACUAUGAACGAUUUGCGAAGAAAAGGUGAAUUAUGUGACGUGGUUCUCCAUGUCGAUGGUCGCCAAUUUCCCGCGCACAGAAUUGUCCUUGCUGGAGCCAGUUCUUACUUACGAGCCAUGUUUACAAAUGGUAUGUUGGAAAGUGGCAUGAAAGACAUUAAACUACAAGGCGUUGAAGCGAGUGUCAUGGACGGAUUACUCGAUUUUGCAUAUACUGGAGCCAUCGAUGUCACUGUGGAGAACGUGCAAGCACUUUUAUCGGCUGCUUCGUUGUUAAACCUGCAGAGCUUAAGAACAGUUUGUUGUGGUUUUCUUCAGACACACCUAGAUGCUACGAACUGUCUCGGUAUCCGAGCAUUUGCAGAUCUGUAUUCGUGUUCAGAACUCGAAGAAGCUGCCUAUCGUUUCGUACGCCAACACUUCUUGGAUGUAGCGAAGGGUGAGGAAUUCUUACAAAUGCCAAAACAAGCCUUGAGGAGUCUUCUUCGCGAAGACCUUCUUCAGGUACGUUCUGAGAAUCAAGUGUUCGAAGCUGUGGAGGCGUGGAUUUUAAACGAUUUCUGUCGACGAAAGGAUUAUGCGGUUGAGCUUCUAAGUCACGUUAGGCUUCCUUUGUUAACUCUCGAAUUUCUCGAAGCCCGAGUGUUUCCAUCUAAAAUUAUCAAGAACAAUGCUGAUUGUCAGCUCCUAUUGGCUAAAGUUCUUAACGAGAGCGCUCGUAAUUUGCCUCGGUAUAUGACACUACCUCGAGCUCAGCCGCAAGCUGUCUAUGUCAUAGGCGGACGAAAUGGUAUUGAUUGCCAGCUUUCAAGUUUAGAGAGAUACGAUACAUUAACAAACCAAUGGAUUAUGCUGCAAAACAUGAAAUAUCCCAGAACAGCAGUUGGAGCUUGUAGCCUCAAUGGACUUCUUUAUGUAGUAGGUGGCGAGUGUGCAGUUAGUGCUCCUCAUGAUGACACCAUGUACGUGCGACAUGCUGAGUGCUAUGAUCCAGCAGUCAAUCAGUGGAUUUCGCUGGCUGAUAUUGCCAUUCAGAGGUCAUUUAUUGCAGUGACAGCUUUAAAUGGUUACGUUUAUGCCCUGGGAGGUGAAGACAGAACAUGCAGUUAUAACUAUGUUGAAAGAUAUGACCCAAAGACAGAUCACUGGAGUACAGUGCAGUGUAUGCGAAGGAAGAGAUCUGGAGCAGGAGUUGCUGUUUGUGAUGGUUUGUGUACAACUUUUUCGUCCCUAAUUCUUUACACCCUAUACACCCCCACCCUUCUCUAUACAUUUACCUCGGCACUGACAAGGAGAAUUGUUUAACACACAGUGCUUCUUAGCUUAAUGAUCAUUUCCUUAAUUCUUGUGAUUGUCUUAAACAACUCAGCAUUAUUACCACAAGGAGGAAUGAAUUGUUGGUGACUCUUAGGAUUUUAAAGGUUAAGAAAAAACUAUACUCCAGAAAUUAUUGACUGCUAUCUCUGCCAUGGAAAGUAUUUAAAAAAUUUUUCUCAAACCACUUUUUGAGAUUCCAAGGUGUUACAUAACUUGUCAAUAAUUUUUUUCAAAUUUGAUUUCAAAUCUGCUUGUCACAUUAGAUAGGCAGAAUUAUUUGAACUAUGCUUGGCUUUAUGUAAGAUGUUAUGGCCUAAAAGUCUGAUUUCUGAACUUUUGGGUCACUAGAAUCUCAUUAGUAGUUCUCUGUACUGUCUGCCAUACAGUUCUCUUGAUGUUAGUUCAGAGAAUUUGGUAUUGGAUCAACUAGGAAUCCCAUAGUUCAUAUUUUUCUCAUUUUUGUCUUCUCAAUAAUGUAUUGAUACUCUAAGAGAAAAUUAAGUCUUGGUCACUCAUGGAAGUCAAAAGGUUGACAUAUCUUUUUUCAUCAAAGGGAAGCUGUACAUUGCUGGAGGCUACGAUCGAGGUGUUCACAGUGAUAGAGCAAGUGUUGAAUGCUACGACCCUGAUACAGACACAUGGACAUUUGUAACAGAACUUGAAAAAGCACGCUCUGGCAUGUCCCUUGUAGCGCUAAACAACUUCUUGUAUGCACUUGGAGGUCGAAACAGAAGCACAGAUCAUUACUUUGAUCUUGCAGAAAGAUACAACACACAGACACAUCAGUGGCAGCCGGUUGCGCCGUUGAACACACCAAGGGCUUGGCCAUCGGUGGCGGUGUAUGACAACAAGAUUUUUGUGUUAGGUGGAUUUGAUGGUGCACACAGGCUCUCCAGUGUUGAAGUGUACGAUCCAGAAACUGACACUUGGCGUUUUGUACAGGACAUGAACAUUUGCCGUGCAGGUUGUGGUGCAGCAGUGUUGUAGUUUUAAAGUGAAACAGGACAAAGAAGGUCCUGGUUUUACAGAGGCCUGGAAAGAUCACUGUCUGGAUUUGAACCAGGAAAUUACUUUUACAAUGUUUUUACUCAAUUAAAAAUUUGAUAGCAAAAAUCAAAAGCAAAUAUCUAGGUCAUUUUGUGUUGAAAAGGAUUACUGGUGCACAAACUAGGUGUGAAGGAUUAGUAUUACACAAAAGGAAAAAUUUUAGAGUGUCUUUGAAUUCAGCUUUGUUUUGAUGUUAAUUGGCAGAAAGAAGCUGAGAACUGUCACUGUUAAACAUUGUACAUGCCCUAAGAAUCAUAGUAGGUGUGUUUGUGUCAGGAAGCGUGAUGCAGUUUUUAAAGGGACUUGAAAUAAGAACCACAAGCAUGAAAUUUGUUCCAAGAACUUUCAAUCAGUCUGUGAUUCUUAUGAUCACCAUGUUGCUUUGUAGCAGAUAACUAGCUGUGAUAAUUGCUGUACAAAUACCUGCUAUCUUUU